GGAGGAAGCGGAAGCACAAAUGUAAAACAUAAAUAAUGGCGGCUUCAUUAACCUCACAUGUUUCUCUGUCGAAAGAAUUAAAAAAGCUUUUAAAGCAAUAUCCCAAUUUAGCAGUUAUGAAUGAGAAGCCAAGGGUUAAGUGUUCAUUAUCAGGCCACGAGAUGCCAUGUCAAGUUGAAGCAAUCCAGAACUACAUCAAAGGCAAAAAAUUCCAAAAGCUGCUUGCCCAGAACCAGUACAAUUAUGACAAAUUUAAAGAACACAUAGUGCCCAGUACAAAGAAAGGCAGAGAACAUCAGCUGUUUUGUUUACUUACACUGAGGCAUAUAAACAAAAAUCCUGAGCACAUCAAAAGACACAUAGAGGGACGCAGAUUUAAAAAAGCUUACGCAAGAUGGGAAGAAUGUCAGAGAACCGGUGAGAAGUUUCAGCCCAUUGGAGGAAAAAAGAAAAAUUAUGACAUGGAGGAUUCAAAUGAAGAUGAGACAGGAAGUGAUGUUGACAGUCUCAGUGACCUAUAUCCAGCAGGUAAUCCAGAGGAGGAGGAAGAAGAUAGUGCCCCAGAUUAUGAAUCCGAAGAAAUGGAAGAAAACAAAGAAGAAAUUGACCCAGCACAGAAUCAUACUCAAGGGGAGAAAAGGAAACAAGUGGAGGGAAAGAAAAAGAAAAAGAAUACAAAAAAGAAAAAGUCUUGACACUCUGUUUUAUCUAUUAUAAAAUGAUAAAGAAAUAAA